AUGAGGAUGUUCCUUUUUGUCUUUGCUGUUCUCUUCUUUCUGGCCCCAGCCAGGAGUGCAUUUUUUGAUGAGAAAUGCUACCAUCUUAAAGGGAGAUGCGUGAAAUCUUGUCAGAAAAAUGAAGAACUUGUUGCUCUCUGCGGGAAGUCUCUGAAAUGCUGUUUGACACUCCAGCCAUGUGGGAAGAGUAAAGAUUAA